AUGUUUAAGCAAGCCAGCAUCAUGAAACUGCUAUUGCUGAGUCUGCUCUGUGUUUCCACAGUUAGAUCCCUGGCUUCUCUAGAUUAUGAUGAUGAGGAAAGUGACAACACUCCCAGGGCUAAUGGUGAAAAAGUGGAUGCUCGAGGUCACAGACCAGUAGAUAAAAGACGGGAGCCAACGCCAACUCUCAGACCAGCUCCUCCUCCCAUUAGUAAAGGUGGAUAUCGGGCUCGUCCAACAAAACCACCCACUCGGGGCCAGAAGAAAGAAAGUGUCAUUUAUCCUGAUGCAGGAGGCUGCAGGCAUGCAUCAGAUGAGCUAGGAGUGUUGUGUCCAACUGGGUGUGAGUUGCAAACUGCAUUGGUAAAACAGGAAAAAAGUGUGAAAUCCGACAUUCGGGACCUAAAGAACAAAGUAGAGAAACAGUCCGAAACCUCUUCAACAUUCUAUGAGUACAUGAAUACACUAGAAGAUAAACUGGCAAGAAGACAAAAACAAGUAAAAGAUAAUGAAAAUAUAGUUUCUCAGUACCACACAGAAAUAGAGCAGCACUAUACAUACAUCAGAGAGAACAUGGACAACAACAUCCCGUCUAGCCUCCGAGUGCUCCGUUCAGUUGUGGAUACCUUACACAAAAAGAUACAAAAACUGGAAAAUGCUAUAGCAACCCAAAUGGACAAUUGCCGCUCUUCAUGCAUUGUUUCCUGUAAUAUCCCAGUGGUGUCAGGCAAAGAAUGUGAAGACAUUAUCAGAAAAGGAGGUGAGUCAUCUGAAAUGUACCUCAUUCAGCCUGAUGCUUUCUUCAGACCAUACAAGGUGUAUUGUGAUAUGACCACAACAAAAGGAGGAUGGACUUUAAUUCAGAACCGCCAAGAUGGCAGUGUUGGCUUUGGGAGAACAUGGGAUGCAUACAAAAAAGGAUUUGGAAAUAUUGCAAAAAGUGGAGGGAAAAAAUACUGUGAUACUCCAGGUGAAUAUUGGCUUGGGAAUGACAAAAUCAGCCAGCUUACCAAAAUGGGACCCACUGAAGUUUUAAUUGAAAUGGAGGACUGGAAUGGUGAUAAGGUUUCAGCUCAUUAUGGAGGAUUCACCAUACAAAAUGAGGCAAACAAGUAUCAGAUAUCAGUUAGUAACUAUAAAGGCACAGCUGGCAAUGCUCUUAUGGAUGGAGCUUCACAACUGUACGGCGAGAACAGAACAAUGACAGUUCACAAUGGCAUGUUCUUCAGCACUUUUGAUAGAGACAAUGAUGGAUGGGUUCAUGCAGAUCCAAGAAAACAGUGUUCUAAAGAAGAUGGUGGUGGUUGGUGGUACAAUCGAUGCCAUUCAGCCAAUCCCAAUGGCAGAUACUAUUGGGGAGGACAGUACAGCUGGGAUAUGGCAAAACACGGCACAGAUGAUGGAGUUGUAUGGAUGAACUGGAAAGGGUCAUGGUAUUCAUUGAAGAAGAUGAGUAUGAAGAUUAGACCAUUCUUUCCACAAUAA